AAGGUAGUGAAGGUGCUGGUGGUGGUAGUGAUGGUGGUGCUGAUGCUGAUGGUGAUAGUGGUGUUAUUGGUGCUAGUGGUUGAGAGCGCUCACUAACUCAACAUGUGUGACGACGAAGUGAGUCCCCUUGUGGUUGACAAUGGCUCCGGGAUGGUCAAGGCCGGCUUCGCCGGUGAUGACGCUCCCCGAGCUGUGUUCCCCUCCAUCGUCGGCCGACCUCGUCACCAGGGUGUGAUGGUGGGCAUGGGUCAGAAGGACGCCUACGUCGGCGAUGAGGCCCAGAGCAAGCGAGGUAUCCUGACUCUCAAGUACCCCAUCGAGCACGGCAUCAUCACCAACUGGGACGACAUGGAGAAGAUCUGGCACCACUCCUUCUACAACGAGCUCCGCGUUGCCCCUGAGGAGUCCCCCGUCCUGCUCACUGAGGCUCCCCUCAACCCCAAGGCCAACCGUGAAAAGAUGACCCAGAUCAUGUUUGAAACCUUCAACACCCCUGCCAUGUACGUGGCCAUCCAGGCUGUCUUGUCCCUGUACGCCUCUGGCCGUACUACUGGUAUCGUGCUCGAUACUGGUGAUGGUGUUACCCACACCGUCCCUAUCUAUGAAGGUUACUGCCUUCCCCACGCCAUCCUGCGUCUCGACCUCGCUGGCCGUGACCUGACUGCUUACCUCACCAAGAUCAUGACUGAGCGUGGCUACUCCUUCACCACCACGGCUGAGCGAGAAAUCGUUCGUGACAUCAAGGAAAAGCUUUGCUAUGUUGCUCUUGACUUCGAGAGUGAGAUGAACGUGGCUGCUGCCUCCUCUUCCCUCGAGAAGUCCUACGAGCUUCCCGACGGUCAGGUCAUCACCAUCGGCAACGAGCGCUUCCGCUGCCCCGAGUCCCUCUUCCAGCCUUCCUUCCUGGGUAUGGAAUCUGUCGGCAUCCACGAGACCGUCUACAACUCCAUCAUGAGGUGCGACAUUGAUAUCAGGAAGGACCUGUUCGCCAACAAUGUGCUGUCUGGCGGCACCACCAUGUACCCUGGUAUUGCUGACCGCAUGCAGAAGGAAAUCACUGCUCUUGCUCCUCCCACAAUCAAGAUCAAGAUCAUUGCUCCUCCUGAGCGCAAAUACUCCGUAUGGAUUGGUGGCUCCAUCCUGGCUUCUCUGUCCACUUUCCAGACCAUGUGGAUCACCAAGGAAGAGUACGACGAGUCCGGCCCCGGCAUUGUCCACCGCAAGUGCUUCUAAGAAGUAUAUUUAUUCCGUAACCUAUCGAUAUAUUUCCAUAAUCAUUGUAUUUUCCAACGUCAAAUACCCUUAGAUUAUAUUUUUAAAAAAAUAUUUGGUGUCAUGUAAUAAAAAAAAUUGCAGUAUAACAUAUCUAAAUAUCCCAUAUUUCUUUCAUGUGGUAAUAGGUUCAUGUUAUGGUAAAUAUGAAAACCUAUAAAUAAGAAAGAAAA